UUCAUUACUUUUUUUUGUCGAGUGGACUUCAAGUGAAACAAUGUAAAUGGGCCAAUGUCGGUUUGUAAACAAAGAGUCUAUCCUGCUCACGUAGGUGGAUGUUUAUAUUAGGAGUAAGUAGGAUACACGCUUUGUUUACUAACUGGCAUUGGCCUAUUUACAUUGUUUUCCUUGACUUAUUUUACACAUUUUUUUAAGAAGAAUAUAUUUUUUUCCUCAAUGAAAUUAAAUUUAAGAUCAGGAAGCAAAAAUCUGUGACUCAAUCCUUAUAUUUUUGUCGAAACAACAUUUGUACCACAAAGAUGCAAAUCCAGAGUUUUUUUUAAAGGUCCUAUAAACUAUUGUGUUUCAUAUUUGUUUAUAGGACCUAAUAAAAAAAACUCUAGAAAUGUUCUGUUUUUAAAAUCCCUAUUCUUUACUCGGUCACCCUAACGUCCAAAAGAGGGUGGUGUCACUGCGUUCUGCCCUAGCCAGAGGAAGACCUGCUCGGAUCCGUCACGCGUUGACCUCUAACACGGCGUCGAAAGCCAGACAAAUGUGACUGCAAUUCAUAACUGAAGAAAUAAAUCGGUUGCCAUUAUGGUGGAGAAUUCAUCAAAUUUUCAAAUUUGCAAUUUUUUUCAAAGACUUUUUUCAACUAUAAAAGGUAGAUGCAUCAAACAGACAACAAGCAUUCGCAGUUUUACAAUCAGUGAAAGAAGCAUCUUCAAAUCAUGGCGAAAUUACUUCUAAUCUCAGGAGCAGUCUGUCUCCUGGUGAGUCAAAUCUACGCGGCACCCUUAAACGAGGAUGAGCGUAAGAAGCUCAGCUUUGGGGCCAGAUUCGACCCAUCCGAAGUCCAAGUCGUUCGCUACGAGAACGAUCACAACGUGCUGGACAACUACCAGUUCAACUUCGCACUGAGCGACGAUCAGACACGAGAAGAGGUCGGAACGCUGAAGGACGGCAAAGAUCAGGAAGGAAACAACGUGCGGUUUUACGUGGUCCAAGGGUCGUAUUCGUUCCUGGGUGACGACGGCCAGACGCACUGGGUGCACUACACCGCCGAUGAGACCGGCUACCAUCCGAGGUUGGGAACGGGACCGGAUCCGGAGAAGAAGUAUUGAAGGGAUGUGCUGGGUGGAGAAUACCGACGAACGACCACAAGCGCAAAUUGAAAUGACAAUUAAAUAAUAAAUUUAAUAACUGUAAAUAAAAUAAGUCGAUCAAA